AUGAAGCCGUGCCUUCUGCUUUUGAAAUCUGUACGGGUGCCCACACCGGCUGCGAUAAAGCUUCCCUUUCAACCUCCUGCUUUAUCUUCUAUUUCUGUUGCGGAACUUCCAAAUAAUACAUUUGAGCAGAACAACCUAUACUAUAUAAAGAAGACUGCUUACGGACAUUGGCCAGUGUACAAAAAGAUUCAAAAUACCAGAAUCAGUACUGAGAUCAAGCGAGUUCAGGGUGAUGUCUCUGUUUUUGCAGAGGAGUUGUUGAGUCUUCUUCAAAAUGAUGCUAUUAAGAAGGAUCACGUUCGAGUGAACACCAAAACGGGCGAGGUCAACAUCAAGGGCGACUACACAGAGCAAAUCAAGAGUAUUCUUGAUACUCACGUCAAGCUCUAA